AUGGAAUUGUCCGAUGGUGAUGGAGAUGACUUGUUUGCUGCUUUGUUCCUUGAGCAGCUAGAGCUGAGUGACGAGUGGGAGCCUCUCUUGGCAGCUCUACAUCCAGCAGAAGCGCCCGAGUCCGACGGAGAUGCUGACGCGGCGCUUGCUCUCCAGCGCGCACUGCAGCAAGUGCCUGCGCGUGGCGAAGACAGGCUGAACGAUGGGCCGGAUGG